AUGCUGGUAUUGCAUUCAAGAUGUCUGCGACGUCCAGCACUUUCCUUCGCACGAGCAGCAAAUCUCGCGCAUAGCCGCCGCAAGCUCUUGACCCUUGCCAUUGAAACCUCAUGUGACGACACAUCGGUAGCAAUACUCCAAAAAUCCAAUGAUGCGGCGCCUCAUACACAGCUCCACUUCCACCAGAAAAUCACAGCCAACAACAGCGCCCAUGGCGGCGUGCACCCAAUUGUAUCUCUCGAAUCCCACCAGGAGAAUCUAGCGGCUCUGAUUUCAGAGGCCCUCCACGUCUUGCCAAAUACAGGAAACUCCAAGCCCGACUUUAUCUCGGUCACUCGUGGACCGGGUAUGCGCUCCAGCCUCGCUACCGGCCUGGACACCGCGAAAGGCCUCGCGGUCGCGUGGCAAAUCCCUCUCGUGGGCGUCAAUCACAUGCAAGCACACGCGCUCACGCCUCGCCUCGUUUCGGCUCUUUCUGGCAGUUCUCCCAACGCAGCGCCCCCUUUCCCAUUCCUCUCUCUGCUCGUCUCAGGAGGUCACACUUUGCUCGUGCAUUCGAAGGAAAUAUGCGAUCAUGCCAUACUCGCUACGACGACAGAUAUAGCUAUUGGCGACUGUAUCGACAAAAUCGCGCGAUUGGUGCUCCCACCUGAUGUAUUGAAGGAAGGAUCGGAUAUAAUGUACGGCCGCCAUCUUGAGCGCUUUGCUUUCCCCAAUGGCUCGGCCGAUUACAAUUACACUGCACCCACUAGUCGCGCAGAAGAGCUUGCAAGAAAUUCUACCAAAUGGGGCUGGGCGCUCGUCCCACCACUUGCGGAAACGAGGUCAGGAUCAAAGAGUAAAGCCAUGGAGUUUACGUUCUCCGGACUCGGUAGUGCGGUAAAGAGGAUCUAUGAAGGGAGAGAGAAGAUGCAAGAUGAGGAGAGGAUAGAGCUGGCGAGCGAGAGCAUGAGGCUUGCGUUUGAACAUUUGGCCAGUAGAGUGGUAUUGGCAUUACGAGAUCUGAGGAAGAAAGGGAGCGGGGUAGGAACAUUAGUUGUUAGCGGCGGCGUGGCUAGCAAUGCGUUUCUGAGAACUGUGCUCGGCUCCUUCCUCACAGCCCGUGGUUUCCAAAACGUCACGCUCACCUUCCCACCCGUUGAGCUAUGCACCGAUAAUGCCGCUAUGAUUGCUUGGACGGGCAUGGAGAUAUAUGAGAAUGGAUGGGAGAGCGAUUUGAGAUGCAGACCGCUACCGAAAGAACCCGUCCAAGAAGAGAAUCUCUGA